GCCGUUGUCAUGGACGCUGACAGGCGCCUGCCAGAGUCUAGGUGACCAGCCGCCUGGGCCCGCACUCAGCUAGGAUGCUUCGCCGAGGCAAUAAGGCCUCUGAAAGGCGACGACACUUGACCAACAUCCUCAGCUGGCGACAAGAACAGGCGCUGAGCAGCAGCAUCUACCUGCUGCGAGAGAUGGGCCCCACCGGCUUCCUGCUGCGGGAGGAGGAGCCAGAAAACCGAGAAAUCCGAGUUUUUCUAGGAAAUCCUCAUGUUUGUAACUGUCCCACAUUUCUGAAAGGAAGAGAACUUUGCAAGCAUAUAUGCUGGAUAUUAUUGAAAAAGUUCAAGCUUCCAAGAAAUCAUGAAUCUGCUUUCCAGUUGGGUCUUGUAGAAGGAGAAAUAAAUGAUUUGCUGCGGGGGAUACAUCAAGUUCAGACUGCCCAAACGGAAACAAAUGAUGCAACUGCACAUGUUAAAGAAGAUGAGUACAUUAAACAGAAGGAAAUUGGCUCCGAGGAUAUCUGCUCUAUUUGUCAAGAGGUACUUUUAGAGAAAAAGCUUCCUGUCACCUUUUGCAGGUUUGGCUGUGGCAAUAAUUUUCAUAUAAAAUGCAUGAUGAUCUUAGCUAAUUAUCAGAAUAUGACAUCAAACACUUCCAUGUUGAGAUGUCCUCUGUGCAGGAAAGAGUUUGCACCAUUCAAACUUAUUUUGGAAGAAUUGAAAAACUCAGGCAAACUUGUGGCUACAGCUGAGAAAGAGAAACUGGACAAACACCUUGGAAUUCCCUGUAAUAACUGUAAACAGUUUCCGAUUGAGGGAAAAUGUUAUAAGUGCACCGAAUGUAUAGAGUAUCACUUAUGCCAGCAAUGUUUUCAAGGCAGCUGCCAUCUUUCUCACACAUUUACAUUUCGGGAGAAGAGAAACCAAAGAUGGAGAUUACUGGAAAAAAGAUCAGAUGAAAUUGUAAAAUAUGUAGAUACUGAAAAUGAGAUAGAAGAAAAGAUGCCACAUUUUCAAGAAAAGCAAGGCCAGGUUUACACACCAAAACAUGUUGUAAAGUCACUGCCUUUCAGGCUGAUUACCAAGAAUAGUAGGCUGCUUGCUCCAGGCUACCAGUGUCGACUUUGUUUGAAGGCAUUUCAUCUUGGUCAAUAUGUAAGAUGGCUACCAUGUACCCACAAGUUUCAUAGGAAAUGUAUUGACAAUUGGUUAUUCCACAAGUGCAAUUCAUGUCCUAUUGAUGGGCAAGUUAUAUAUAACCCUUUAAUAUGGAAAAAUAAAACAAAGAAUGGACAAAACCAACAGUCUGUUUUGAACAUAGAUAUCACUCAUUCAUCAAAGCAGGAAGAAUCAGAACUUUUUAUUCCUGGCACUGGAUUAAUCUUAAAACAAAAUAAACCUGGAAUUUUGCCCAGCAUAUCUCAACAUAAUUCCAAGAAACUGAAUAAACCUCAGAUUCCAACAAAUACCUGUCAGGAUGUAACAGUAGACGAUCUAUGCUCUAUCCAAUUAGAUGAUUCAGAUUCAAGAAAAUUAAUUUAUAAAUAUAAAAUUAGUCAACAUUUCCCAAGGUAUUUUCAAGAUUUACCCACUAGAUCAUUUGGGAAAACUUCAUCUCAAACAUUACUUCCUCCUAUUGGUUAUAAGAAUAUUUUAUGUCUCACUGGAAUGGAAAGCUCACAUACCAGGGAAAAACACCAAACUGGUCAAAUCCAGAAGAUGACUAAAGUCUGUAAACGUAUUAACCACAAUCCAAAAAAGACUCUGGAUAUGAAAAUAAUAGAAGACAACAAGAGAUCAAAUACUUUACUUUCAGAGGAUUUAAAUCUUCCUGUCAUUUAUGGUACAACUAAACUUUGUUUGUCUAAAAGAUAUAAUAAUUAUAUAGGAAAAAUUAGACAAAAAAGGAGUCAGCUAUCAAGACAACCUGGAUCUCACUCUUUAAAUGAAAAAAGUACAGAGCUAUCUUUACUGUUAGAAGGAGUUCAGUUGUGAAAAAGUAUUUUUGAUUACUAUCAUAAAAUAUUUGAAUAUUAAAUAUUAAAAAUGUAGAAAAUUAUAUGUAGAACAUAAAAGCAUAUAUACAUUCUCUAAAAAUGUAUAUAAAAUUCUCUGUUGUCAUUUGCCUGCUUGUUUAUGAGUAAUUUACUACACUUUAAGGAAGUAUCCCCAUUACUUGUAAAAUCUAAAACAUGGGUGUCUUAAUAAGUAUGUUCAAGACGUUAUAAAUUAUGAAUAAUUUUACAGCUCUAGUAUCUUAUUUUUCACUGAUAUUUUUACAUUGUAAACUUAAGGAAAUAGAUUUUGCCUGUUUCGAGUCACUGUUUUCAAAUAUGUUGCUUGAUAAUAUUUAACAUGCCACAAUUAUUUCAAAAUAUUUGUAUAUUUUUUGCA